GGCCCAUUUAUACUCGGCAACGGCAAGCGGGUAAAUUCCGUCUUCAACUCUUCAUCCUGCAAAUCAGUUAAUCGAACAGUUGAUUGAUUGAUUGAUUCGAUCGCCAUUGGAGAAAGGAAAGGAAGCAGGUGGUGGCAGAAUGGAGGUGGAAGGAAGCCCCGUAAUGAGGGUGCAGAGCAUAGCACAAGCUGGGAAAUCAGAAGUCCCACCGCAAUACAUCCAGCCACCUUCCGAUCGGCCGAACAACAACGCCGGUGGUAAGUCCGGCGGCGGCGGAGAUGUUCCGGUGAUCGACCUCGGCGGAGAUUCCGUUCGAGAAGCAGUUGGGCGGGCUUGCCGGGACUGGGGAGCUUUCCAGGUGACGAACCAUGGGGUGCCCAUUCGAUUACUGGACGAUAUGAGGAAGGUCGGUAUGUCGUUCUUCAACGAAUGCCCCAUGAAGGACAAGCUCAUGUACGCCUGCUCGCCGGAUUCCGCCGCGGCGGAGGGCUACGGGAGCAAGAUGCUCGUCGACAGCGACGAAAACCACGGGGUGCUGGAUUGGAGGGACUAUUUCGACCAUCACACCUUGCCGCUCUCUCGCCGGAACCCUUCCAAUUGGCCUCAUUACCCGCCCAAUUACAGGAAGUUGGGUUUUGAUCGCAGGGAAGUUGUUUCCCAGUUUAGCGAUGAAAUGAAUGUGCUUGCGCAGAAGCUGCUGGGAAUUAUAUCCGAGAGUCUUGGGCUGCCGUCUUCUUGCUUGAAGGAUGCUGUGGGGGAAUUCUAUCAGAAUAUUACUGUCAGUUAUUACCCUCCCUGCCCUCAGCCAGACCUCACCUUGGGUCUACAGUCCCACUCGGAUUUCGGGGCUCUCACUUUGUUGAUUCAGGAUCAAGUUUCUGGUCUUGAAGUGCUGAAAGACUCCCAUUGGUACCCUGUCCAACCUCUACCUGAAGCCAUUGUUGUCCUUGUUUCAGAUCAGACAGAGCAGAUCAUCACCAAUGGCAACUACAGGAGUGCUGUGCACAGAGCUGUAACCAAUUCCAAGGGAGCAAGGUUGUCAGUGGCGACGUUCCACGACCCAUCGAAGACGAGAAACAUAUCCCCAGCUUCCGAGAUCGUGUGUCAGUCAUCUCCUGCAAGGUACCGAGAAGUGAAUUAUGGCGAUUACAUGUCAAGAUGGUAUACCAAAGGCCCCGAAGGCAAGAGGAAUGUUGAUUCACUCCUCAUUGACCCUUAGGCUUUUUGUAAACUCUUCCCAGCUGCCCUCGUCACAGUGUUGCCAAUGCAGAUGUCUGCGUGAUUGCAGCAAGAACAAAUCAACUUAUCUUUCUAAUUUCAGUCUUUAGAUUUCUUUUUGUCAUACAAGUGAAUAAAGUUCCAUGCCCGAAUUUAUCGAGAUCGAUCAAUAACGUACAUGGUGCAUAUGGCUUAUCUGGUGAUCCAGAGGUCAGCAUUGUAGACCUCUUCCCACAAACAAAAGGGACUGUUGAAAUUGUCAAAGAACAAGAGGAAAUCAUGAAACCUACAAGUUACACUACAAUGUUGAAAUGUUAUUGUAUUAUGUAUAGCUUGAUCGUUAGUGAUCGAAUAUUGAAUACGACGUCACUAGCAUGUUAAGUUAGCUUUAAUUAUUAUAAGUGGACAUUAACC